AUGGAUUAUACCGGGGAAGGUAAAGACCUCGAGAAUCCCUCCAGCGAAGUGCAUAUCGUGGGCACCCGUGGUGCUCUCAUGGAUCUACCAACCAAUGAUAUCCGGGAGCCCAUAUUACCUCAGGAAAACGACUGGCCAAGGGACCUAGCUUCUCAUGCAAAGAUUAGUUGGCUGAAGAAGCUAGUUCGUUCAUUCUUGGGUUUUCAUUAUUUUCAAUCACGGGACAUUAUCAGUGACUCAGGUGAAGAAUUCGAUUUUCAAGCCGUUGAAGAUGCCGACCUCUCAGAUGACGACCUCACUGCAAAGAAAAAAGAAGAUCUUUCACACGGGACAUCUGAAGGCAAAGCCCCACUUUGGACAAACACUCCGGAAGGAUUACCCACCCCCGACAUCAAUCUCUGGAAUGACUUCAUCAAGAAUCUACCUGAUUCAUGCUCAGAAUGGUCUCAUGAACAAGCCAUGAAACAGUUUCAGGUUUUCAAAAUCUGGUCAACCAACUACCAUUCCUCCCGACAAGUUGAUCAUCAGCAGCCGCUUAGUCUUUGA